CGCUAUCAAUAGGAUCAUUUCCGGACUUCCGCAAUCCAGAAUGAAUCCGUUCCGAAUCAUUAAAUAAACAUUAAAUAACAGCAAUAGCCAUUUGAAACUGUUAUUUUCAAUGAAAUUAAUAAUAAAGUAACACAAAUAAAUGUAUUUUUAUUUGAUUUGAACAUGGGGGGAAAAAAAACUCUUGCUGUGUUCCUAUGGUUCUGCAUGUUCCAUUUGAACUGAACUACAAAUCCAAGAUGGCAGCUCACUCUGCAGCACUCUCCAUUUCCAAAAUAGUCAAUCCUUUUCGGGCUGGAUUUGCUGGAAACACAUUGAAAGUAUUUGGAACAACUGUUACCAGUCACAGGAAUAAGGCCGUGUUAACUGGCGGGAACAUUCCUCCCCCAGCAAAAUAUGGCGGCAGACAUACUGUCACCCUCAUACCAGGAGAUGGAAUUGGACCAGAGCUGUUUAGUCAUGUCAGAGAAGUGUUCAGAUUCAGCUGUGUGCCCGUGGACUUCGAGGUGGUACACGUGAACUCCGCCUUGGAGACUGAAGAUGAUAUCAACAAUGCCAUCACUGCCAUUCGCCGCAAUGGCGUAGCUCUCAAAGGUAACAUAGAAACCAAACACACCAUGCCCCCCUCUGUCAAAUCCAGAAACAAUCUUCUUCGCACAAGCUUGGACCUGUAUGCCAAUGUGAUGCACUGCCAGUCUCUCCCAGGUGUACAAACUCGCCACAAAAACAUUGACAUCAUGAUAAUUCGAGAGAACACAGAGGGAGAGUACAGUAGUCUGGAGCAUGAGAGUGUCUCCGGAGUGGUGGAGUCUCUUAAAAUAAUCACUAGAAACAAUUCCCUCCGGAUUGCUGAGUAUGCCUUCCGUUUGGCCAGAGAGAAGGGCCGACGCAGGGUCACCGCUGUCCACAAGGCCAACAUCAUGAAACUGGGCGACGGUUUGUUCCUGCAGUGUUGCAGGGAGGUGGCCUCAGGGUACCCCGACAUCACAUUCGACAGCAUGAUUGUGGACAACACCACCAUGCAGCUGGUGUCAAACCCGCAGCAGUUUGAUGUGAUGGUGAUGCCCAACCUUUAUGGCAACGUGGUGAGCAAUGUGUGCGCCGGCCUGGUGGGGGGCCCCGGCCUUGUACCAGGAGCCAAUUACGGCCGUAACUAUGCAGUCUUUGAAACGGCAACGAGGAACACAGGAAAAAGUAUCGCAAACAAGAACAUUGCAAACCCUACUGCUCUGCUGCUCGCCAGCUGCAUGAUGCUUGACCAUCUUAAGCUUUAUGAUUAUGCAACUUUGAUCCGGAAUGCUGUACUCACAACCAUGAAUGAAACCCGGUUGCACACUGCGGACAUUGGCGGCCAGGGCACCACAUCAGAAGUGGUUCAGUCCAUCAUGCGAAUCAUCCAGAGUAAAGGACAACACACGGCUGAGAUGUAAAGGCUGAAAGCAUCAGUGAUGCACAUUCAUUCAUUCAUUUUCCAUAUCGCUCAUUUUGUAUUAUUGACUUCAGAAAGGUUAUUUCUUUCCAACUGUGGAAUCCCACCAUGACCACAUUGAGAUGCUAACUUAUCAAUCACAUUAUUAUACUGUAUACUAUUGUUGACCUUUUGCUAGCGAGUGAAAGCCUGGCGACAUGCGCCGAGUUCAACAAGGAGCACUUUUUGACUUCAAAAUUAAUUUCUGCCCUUUAAAAGUAAAUACAGUUAUGCAAUAGACUUAAGGCACCUGCACAAGUCCCUUGCAAUAUCCAGAGAUGGCCGAAAAUAUUACCAAUUUUAACCCCGGUAAUUAAGACCCUUUACAUUAAACUUCAUUUGCUGUGCUGUAUCUUUGAUAUCAAAGUCUACUGUACUCUGUUACAUACUUUUCUAUCUUGUAUGUCAACAUAUCGACCACGUCAUCUUCAUGCAUACUGUAUAACUAGACUUAGCUUUUUGCUUGCAUGACUGUACUGUAUAACUACAUGCACACUAUUAAUAAGUAGUUUACCUGAACUGAGCUAUUAAAGUUGCUUCAAUAGUAUCAAAUG